AAUGACAGAAACUGUUAAUCCUGUAGCCGAACGUCUAAAAAUGGGUCCACGUGAGGGUGUCAACUAUCCCAUAACAGUCCACUAUUGCGGUAACUGUUCGAUGCCCAUUGAAUACUGUGAAUACUAUCCGGAAUAUGAGAAAUGCAAAGCAUGGCUGGAAAAGAAUUUACCCACAGAAUUUGAACGUGUCAAGCUGGAGGAAGAAGAAGCCGGUGAUGGUGCUGAUGACGACAAAAGACGUCAAAAACGUGGUGGCAAAGGUCUAAUGAAAAUCAAAAAGAAGGAAGAGGUCAAUAAGAGGAUCACCGUAUCGCGUGCACCUCGCGGCAAAAAGAAGUCUGUCACUGUGGUCACUGGUCUGAGCACAUUCGAAAUUGAUUUGAAAGUGGCUGCAAAAUAUUUUGGCACAAAAUUUGCUUGUGGUUCUUCCGUAACCGGUGACGAUGAAAUUGUCAUUCAAGGUGAUGUCAAGGAUGAUUUAUUCGAUGUGAUACCCGAGAAAUGGGCUGAAAUUGAUCCGGAUUUCAUUGAAGAUUUGGGUGAUCAAAAGCGUUAA